AUGCCGGGCAGUUGGAACAAGCAGUUAAGUGCAGCACAGCUGCGCAUUUUGCGGGAUAAGAUGACCGAACCGGCACACAGCGGGCGGUACUUGAAUAACAAGGAGCAAGGGACGUACUACUGUGCGAACUGCCUGCAGCCGAUAUACCAGAGUAAGACAAAGUUUGACUCUGGGUGUGGCUGGCCCUCCUUCUACGAGGAGUUGCCGAACUCUUUGAAGUACGUGACGGACUCUUCCGGGGGCAUGGUAAGAACCGAGAUUGUGUGCAGCAACUGUGGGGGCCACAUGGGCCACAUCUUCCAAGGAGAAGGCUGGAAGCAGGCAUUGGGGUUGCCUAAGGACGUGAGACACUGUGUCAACAGUCUCUCGCUGAACUUUAAGAAGGAUUGA